AUGACAUCAGAAACCUCAACAAAUUUACUAUUAAUUAAUGAGUUUAUUAAUGGUAAUAACUUCAAAUAUAAAAGUACUGACGACGAUGAUAGUACAAGCUUUGUAUCUGAAAGUACAAUAUCUGAUUAUUUUGAUUCCAACGACUAUGAUAAAGAAAUAGAAGUCCUCACUUUAGAUGAAAUAGGAUUGAAGAGAGCUAGAGCUAGAGCUUUUGUUGAAAAUGAUGAGAUUUUUGACAAUGAAAAUUUUUGGGAAGAUGAUGAGGAAUUUGAGGCAUAUUCAACAUCUUCAACAAAUUUAAAUUUGAUUACUUCAGAUUUUUCAAAGGAUGAUAGUAUACUUAUAGAAAACAUCGAAUCUAAUAUUAAUAAUACUGAAAAA